AUGGCAGCAGGAAAUGCGGUGUCUGUAUCCCCCAGUGUGGCAGUAGCAGCGGAGGGUGUGGGGGAAAGACCAGCACAAGCAGCAGCACGGGAUUUGGGGUCUGCUUCCCCUAGUGAGGCGGUAGCAGCGGUGCAAACAGCUGCUGGGAUAGCAUCAGGUGGUGCUGGUCCUUUGUCCCAUACUGCUCCAGCAGCAGACGGUGUGGGGGAUAUACCAGCAGCAGCAGCAGCAGCAGCAUUCGGAGUUACUGGGAAUGCGGGAGGAGCAGGAGGAGCAGAGCCGGCAAUGUCAAGGAGAUUGGGAGUGGCGUCGGAGUCAGAAAGCAUGGCCAUUGACCUUGUGUCUGUCAUGCCCACUCGUAAUGAUGCCCACCCGCUCCUCACAGCUGGCUCAGCGCGUUGCAACCCCUCCUCUCUCUCCCUCACCACCCUCUCCGACCUCGACACUGCUGCUCUCGCGCUGCACCCCACCCCCUUCGCCCUGCUCGCCCCCGCCACGCCCUCCUCCCCCUGCCGCCUCUUCUCCUUCUCCACCUCCUUCACCUUCCGCAUCUCCUCCCCCAACGCCGCCGGGCUGGGCGGCGAGGGCUUGGCGUUUGCGAUGCUGCCGUCUCCUACCCUUGGCUUGCCGGGGCCCUCCCUGGGCUAUGGCCGCCUGCUGCUGCCACCGGGGAGUACGACUGGUGCUGAUAAUGCCAGUGACGUGUCAUCUCAAGUACAUGUCAUAUCAGUUAUGUGUCAUCUCAGGUACGUGUCAUCUCAGCAGCACAGGAGCCUAGCAGUGGAGUUUGACACGUCCUCUUCCCCUGAAUUCUUCGACCGGCCUGACCACCAUGUGGGGGUGAACCUGCACGGCAGCAUGCUCUCUCUCGCCUCUGCCCCCAUGCACCCCCUCGGCAUUCCCUCCCUCAACGCCGGCCAGACCCUCCUCGCCACCAUCCAGUACAACGCCUCCUCCUCCCACCUCACCUGGCUGGGGGGGAACGACCCGGAGGCAGCAGCGCCCCCCCCCGCCGCUGUUUGUGGGAUUCACAGCGGCCACCGGCAAGGGGGCAGAGCAGGCUCAGGCGCACGAGCAGCGGAGGAUCCGCUUCCGUUUUGGGCGGCAGACUCGUUCUCCUUCCCCUACAUCAUGCCAGCCACUCCCCUGCUGACACAUGGCAGCACACGGAAGCGUUUCUUCGCCGCCGACCUCUCUAUCUCUGCUGACGUAGCAUCUUCCACCCACACCGGCCAAUCAGAUGAGCCCGCCCUUGGAGCCCUCUUCUUCCCUCGUCGUCUCCCUCUUCUUAUGUCCCUCAAUCCCCCCCAUUCCCCUCGAACGACCCCUUAUGGCCCCUUAAUGUCCCCCACCUGCCUUAUACCCAUGUUCUCCUCUUUCCCCGUGCCUCACACCCUUGUUCUCCUCUUUCCCCGUGCCUCACACCCAUGUUCUCCUCUUUCCCCGUGCCUCACACCCUUGUUCUCCUCUUUCCUCGUGCCUCACACCCUUGUUCUCCUCUUUCCCUGUGCCUCACACCCUUGUUCUCAUCUUUCCCCGUGCCUCACACCCUUGUUCUCCUCUUUCCCCGUGCCUCACACCCUUGUUCUCCUCUUUCCCCGUGCCUCACACCCUUGUUCUCCUCUUUCCCCGUGCCUCACACCCUUGUUCUCCUCUUUCCCCGUGCCUCACACCCUUGUUCUCCUCUUUCCCCGUGCCUCACACCCUUGUUCUCCUCGAAUGGUCAUUUGUAUCAAUGAUCGACAUGCAUACAAGGGAGAUGCUACAGUAAAGGUCCUACACACCUACCUCUCGCUCACACCCUUGUUCUCCUCUCCCUCCGUGCCUCAUACCCUCGCUCUCCUCUCCCUCCGUGCCUCAUACCCCCGCUCUCCUCUCUCUCGGUCCUUCAUAUCCUCGCUCUCUUCUCUCCCCAUGCCUCGUACCUGCGCUCUCCUCACUCUCCGUCUGCCUCGUUCCCUUCAUCCGCCCUCAUCAGACACAGACCCCUGCAAGGGUUCUCCAGUUCUCCCCUAUGGCACUUGUGUAUGCACCGAGGCACCUGCCCCAUGGGACCCGUCUAUCCCCGUACCUCAUACCCUCUCGCUCCUCACCUCACCCUCCAUCAGCCUCACACCCUUCAUCUCCCCCCCAACAGACACUUACCCUUGCAAGGGUUCUCCUGUGCUCCCCUGUGGCACUGGCGUGUGCACCAAGGCACGUGCCCCGUGGGACCCGUCUAUCCUCGUGCCCUCCUGCAAGUGCCCCUUCAAACUCCCCUCCUUUGAACCCACACACCUUGCUGGCCUGCCCUCCUGCUUCCCUGAGACCUUCAUAUGUUGCCAGCUCUCCACCUACUCUGCUCCGCGCAUUCUCUUUGCCCUUCCCCCCCAACCCAACCUCCCCUGUCCCCUCACCAGAUUGCUUCACGUUUCGACAGCUCGCCAACAUCCCAUGUGCCCCGAGGGUGUGUAUCAAUGCUGUGCUGGUAUGGUGCCCACUCCUGUGCUCCUAUCACUCCCCCCCGAAUCCCCCCUCACCAGAUUGCUUCACAUGUCGCCAGCUCUACAGCAACCCAUGUGCCCUGGAGAGACCUUCACAUGUCGCCAUCUUGCCAGCAACCCAUGUGCCCCAGGGGUGUGCAUUGAUGAAAUGGACGGCACCUACUCUUGCCUCUGCCCCUUGCCCUUCAUCUCCUUCUAUUUCUUCUCCAAAGACACUGCUCGUGACGUGUCCAAGAGGUGA